CCAUUUCAUUUCAAGUCAUUUCAGGUUAUGUUGGUUUCACGUGUUCUUGUGAAAUUUACAUUUGAUUCUUCAAUUCUUUUAACUUAAUUUUAAAACCUCAUAGCCCAUGUUACUUGUUAAAUAAUUUAUCUAGUCUUAUUAUGAUACGAAUAUUUUAAUGUAUGUUUUCAACUUUGGGAUUUGAUAUUAGUCCUGUAAGCGGUUUAGUUUAAGAUUUUCAAUAGCUUGGCAACUAUGGGAAAGCUACAAAAGGGCUACAACUGGAAAGCCAGACAACCUGGAAAUUUAACGGAAUCCAAAAUAAAAACUACAGAGUUGAAAAAACUAGAAAUUGAUUUUGGUGAAGAAGGAACUAACAGCUACGAUGAUUCCAAUGCUCUUGCUCUGCUUCCUAGAAGCAAGAAAGAAAAGAAGAAAAAUAAUACCGCUUUAAAACCUGCCGUAAAAUUCAUUUCCAAGAAGCGCAGAAAAGAAUUGGAGAAAAUUCUUGAACGGAAAACGAAAAAGGAUAAUAGAUCGAAUCUGUAUGCGGCUUUAGCUAAAGUUCAGGCACCCGAUGCAUUGAUGAAUCAGCUGAUUUCGAUCACCAGCGUCCAAACCAAAGGAGUGAAGCAGGUGUUGAAUGCAAAUGGAGACACGCACGCGCACGACUCGCGUGAAAAGACUGCCAAGACGAUGGUGAACGCCAUCAAAGGCAGCAAGCGAAAGCAUCUUGUUGAAUGUUCGAUCCGACAAGAGAAAUUACGCAAACACGAUGGUGAUCCGUCUGUUGUUGGCUUCGAUAUUUCGUCAGAAGAUGAUUUUGAUAGUGAUGGGGGGGAAUCUGAAGAAAAUGAAGUGGAAAAGACUGUUAUUGAAAGUGCAAAUGUUGAGAAACCGAAAUCAAAACCUGCAAAUGUUGAAACAACUGAGAAACCGAAAUCGAAACCGGCAAAUGUUGAAACAACUGAGAAACCGAAAUCGAAACCUACAAAUGUUAAAACUGCUGAGAAACGAAAAUCGAAACCUGCAAAUGUUAAAACAACUGAGAAACCGAAAUCGAAACCUACAAAUGUUAAAACAACUGAGAAACCGAAAUCGAAACCUACAAAUGUUAAAACUGCUGAGAAACUAAAAUCGAAACCUGCAAAUGUUGAAACUGCUGAGAAACCAAAAUCGAAACCUGCAAAUGUUGAAACUGCUGAGAAACCGAAAAUGAAACCUGUUGUAUUUGUGCCUGUAUUUAGAAAACCCGCCAUACAAGAGGAUCGCUUGAAAUUACCGAUUCUUAGCGAAGAGCAAGCUAUAAUGGAAGCCGUGAACGAGAAUCCAAUCGUCAUACUGUCUGGAGAAACUGGAAGUGGUAAAACAACUCAGAUGCCUCAGUUCCUGUAUGAAGCCGGUUACACGAGAAAUGGCAGAAUGAUCGGUGUGACUGAACCAAGGCGGGUCGCCGCCAUUUCAAUGUCUCAGAGAGUGGCUCAAGAACUCAACUUGUCUAGUAAGAAAGUGUCUUAUCUGAUCAGAUUUGAAGGAAAUGCAACCCCUGAAACCGAAAUCAAAUUCAUGACCGAUGGUGUUUUGUUGAAAGAAAUACAAAUGGACUUUUUGUUGAAAAAAUAUUCUGUGAUAAUUAUUGACGAGGCGCAUGAACGUAGUGUUUACACAGAUAUCUUGAUAGGACUUUUGUCUCGAAUAGUUCCAUUGAGAAACAAGAAGGGAGACCCUCUUAAACUAAUAAUUAUGUCGGCCACUCUGCGACUUGAAGAUUUUGUCGACAAUAAGCAACUGUUCAAGAUUACACCACCUCUGAUCAAAGUUGAAUCAAGACAGUUUUCUGUUACCAUUCACUUCAACAAGAGAACUGAUCCCAAUUAUGUGAAGGAAGCUUUCAAGAAAGCCUGUAAAAUACAUACUCAACUACCUGAUGGAGGAAUACUCAUUUUUGUAACAGGACAACAAGAAGUCAAUCUGCUAGUCAAGAAAUUAAGAAAAGCCUUUCCAUUCCAUCAUUCUAAAGAUAAAGUGGAUGAUGAGAACGAUGUUGAUGAAGCGUUGGACAGGGUUUUGAAAAAACGUAGAGAAGAAGUGACGUCAGAGCAGAGGCCGAUGUGGGUGCUGCCUCUGUACUCGCUGUUGCCCGGCCACGAGCAGGCCAAGGUGUUUGCGCCGCACCCCGAGGGCAGUCGACUGUGCGUGGUGGCCACCAAUGUUGCCGAAACCUCGCUCACCAUUCCCAACAUCAAGUAUGUGGUGGACAGUGGAAAGGUGAAGAGCAAAGUGUACGACAAGCACACCGGCGUGUCUGCGUUCUCGGUGAUGUGGACAAGCAAAGCGUCGGCCAAUCAGAGGGCGGGUCGCGCCGGGAGGACUGGACCCGGCCACUGCUACCGGCUGUACGCGUCGGCUGUGUUCAACGACAUGUUUGCAGCUUGGGCUGAGCCCGACAUCAGGCGCAGACCUGUGGACGAUCUGUUGUUGCAGUUGAAGGCCAUGGGCAUCGAUCGAGUCAUCAACUUCCCCUUCCCCUCGCCUCCCGACACUCUCCAACUGGAAGCUGCCGAAAAGAGGCUGAUUCUGCUGGGUGCUCUCUCUCGCAAGUCUUCUCAAGAUGGCAAGUACACUGGCGAUGACAGCAAACUGACGAAACUGGGCGAAUCGAUGUCGGUGUUUCCGAUUGCGCCUCGGUUUUCGAAGAUGCUGUUGCUGAGUGACCAGCAGCCGGGCCUGAUGCAGCAGAUGGUGGCUCUGGUGGCCGCCCUGUCGGUGCAGGAGCUGUUGUUGGUUGGCGAGCGGCGGUGGCACGAGGCGAGGCGCCUGUCAAUCGGCAGCGGACACUCGCAGCGCCUCGGCGACAUGAUGGUGCUUUUGAAGGCAGUCGCCGCCGCAGAGUUGGCCUACUCCACCCAGUUGCAGUCUUUCCCCAGCUAUUGUAUCGACCACGGCCUGCGCAUCAAGGCCGUCUUGGAGGUCAGGAAGUUGCGGCUGCAGUUGACCAACGAGCUCAACAUGAACAUCAAGGACCUGGACCUGUAUGUUGACCCCAAGAUGAAGGCGCCGACUGACUUACAGGCUAGACAGCUGCGGCAGAUCGUGCUGGCCGGGAUGGUUGAUCAGGUGGCCGCCAGAGUGAGUGAGCAGGAGGCUUUGGCUGGCGGGGUGCGCAAGGGGAAGGCCGCCUACCAGAUCAUGGGCACCGAUCAGCUCGUCUUUCUGCACUCGAGCUCCGCGCUCUACAAGCAACAGCCCAGCUGGCUCGUCUAUCAGCAAGUCACCGACAAUGGCUCCAAAAUGCAUCUCAGAGGUGUGACCAGUAUAGAGCCUGAGUGGUUACCAGUGUUUGCUCCGACUCUGUGCAAUCUGACACCUCAAAAAGAACCAUCACCGACCUACAAUGCAGAAAAAGGAGUUCCAUUUUGCUAUGCCACCGGAUCGUUCGGUCCCAAUGGAUGGCAAUUGCCAAUCAUGGAAAUAGAAUACCCUCAAUCUCUUGAGAGAAUUCGUUGGUUUGCUGUUUUCAUCCUAGAUGGCUCGGUGUGUCCAAAACUCGCAAAGUAUGUGAAAUCACUGCUGUCUACUCCACAAACAAUGGUCAAGUCAUGGGCGAGUGUUGUUCCUAGAACACAAGUACUUCUGAAGGCACUAGCGGAUGAGCAAAUAAGCUCCAGAAAGGAUCUCUUGUUUCAGUGGACGAACAAUUCUAAAUAUCUACUUAAAGAAUAUCUACUUUGGAUUCCUGAAGCGGGACAUGAUGAAGUAACUUUACUCUGGCCACCAGUCGAGUCUGAAGAGCUUGGUGGCAUCUCCAGAACUGCAAACAAGUAACUACAGAACGGUAACGCUAGGGUACUCUCAUAUUUCUGCCAAAACUCACAUUACUGUAAUAUCUUCAUAUUGGAUAACUAGGAAUAGUGACUGUUAUUUAGAACAAUUUUCUGCCAAAAUCAACAUCACUGUAAUAUCUUCACUUAGAUAAGUACAAAUAGUGAUUAUUAUUUAAAACAGUUUUUCAGUUAUUUAUAUUGUAAAAUGAAUGGUUAUUGCUGGCCCGGUUCAAAAGAGAAACUUUUGUCAAGUUCAGUCAAUGAAAUUUACAAAUUUAAUAAAAUGCAAAAGUUCGUUGUUUUUCCAAGUCCCAUGAUUCGCCCAUUAGAAUUUAAAGAUCUCUCCCUUCUACCCCCAUCAAGGGCGGUUAUAGCUCAACUGCUAUUGAGCAUAAGCAUCUUAAAACAAUAACCAGUAAAUAAUAAUGAAUUGACUUACAUCGAAGCCAACAACAGACGGAUCAUCAUCGUGUUUGCGUAAUUUCUCUUGUCGGAUCGAACAUUCAACAAGAUGCUUUCGCUUGCUGCCUUUGAUGGCGUUCACCAUCGUCUUGGCAGUCUUUUCACGCGAGUCGUGCGCGUGCGUGUCUCCAUUUGCAUUCGUCAACACCUGCUUCACUCCUUUGAGUAGUAUAAAAAGGAGG